AUGAACUAUUUCAACACUGUUCUCAUGAACGACCUCCUCACUGUCUUUCAUAAGCGUUUCAACACUGUUCUCAUGUAUGACCUCCUCACUGUCUUUCAUAAGCGUUUCAACACUGUUCUCAUGUAUGACCUCCUUACUGUCUUUCAUAAGCGUUUCAACACUGUUCUCAUGUAUGACCUCCUCACUGUCUUUCAUAAGCGUUUCAACACUGUUCUCAUGUAUGACCUCCUCACUGUCUUUCAUAAGCGUUUCAACACUGUUCUCAUGUAUGACCUCCUCACUGUCUUUCAUAAGCGUUUCAACACUGUUCUCAUGUAUGACCUCCUUACU